UCUUGUUCAUGCUGGAGGUGUUGGUAGGGUCGCCGUACCUUGAAGUCUCGCAUGAGACGUCUGCGGGCUGCCGUCGACAUGUUUUCCAGAAAGACGCAGGAUGACACUCGAUGGUGUAGGUAGGAGGGUCUCCAGCGAUGGGUAAGGAAAGUUGAUGGUAGCUUGUGGUUGUCUCGGCGCGUGAGAAAUCAGUGGGCAGGGCGUCCAGCAGUGGGUUGAUUAUGGUAUGUCAACGGCGAUGGGGGGCGGAACCGGCGGCGGAGAGUGAAGAAGCUCUGUUCUUGGUGUCAGUGGAUGGGUGCCAUUGUCGAGUGGGGGCAUUUCUUAUCGAUUAGCUAUGUGCAUUUAGGUGACUCUGGCCAAUCAUAAUUGAACCGUUGCUUAACAAAAGGCAUUGGCACGUGCGAUCAAAGACCCAGAGCACCAACUGGGCGUCUUCGGCGCCACUGAAAAGGCCGCUGUAGAUCGGUGUUUUCUCUCUGCUUCAUCUGGUAGAUUAUGCUUCCCAUGUUUGGUCCUGGCCUUCUUCGGUCUACCUAGCUUCUUGAAAGUAUCAAAAGGACAGCCGCUGCAACAAACCGUUACAUCUCAACGAACUCUCCAAAGCUUUAAGGCAUCCCGGCACCCCCAACUCCAUGGCGGGGCUGUUUCCCCGGCUCCUCCAUCAUAGUCCCCACCUCCGCAAAACUCCCCGUGCACAUCCCGUCAGUCCGUCAUAAGCCGAGGAGUGCCGCAUGUGUGCCAGUGCUGGCGGUGCUCUUUAAAGAAGCUGGCCCUCGGGAAGGGCGACCGUUUCCGAUCAUGUCUUGUCCACAAGUGAUUUUCCCCUCGUUGCCUCUGGUCCUGGUCUAGCCUUCUUGUCUUGUCAGUCAUUGCAUUUAGCUUUCCGUUGAGCGAACUCUCUGCCACAUCCAUCAUGACGGCAAUGAUGUCAAGGGCGCUACGCCUGUCGCCGCAACUUAAAAGCGGCUCGGCUCGGCUGUUUUCUUCACAAGCUUGCCUUCGCAAGGAGAUUCGAGACGCAUACAUCUUGAGCGCUUCCCGCACACCAACAGGAAAGUUCAACGGCGCUUUCCUGAAUGUUAGCGGGCCACAGCUCGGCGCCGUCGCCAUCAAGUCUGCCAUCGAGAAGUCAAAGGUGCCCGUCGACAAGAUCACCGAUGUCUACAUGGGCAAUGUCCUCCAGGCCUCGGUUGGGCAGGCCCCGGCGCGCCAGGCCGCCAUCUUUGCCGGACUUCCUCCCUCCGUCGAGGCUAUCACCAUCAACAAGGUCUGCGCUUCUGGUCUGAAGGCUGUGGCAUUUGCGGCGCAAAACAUCCAGCUGGGUCUGGCCGAGGCUCAGGUUGCCGGCGGCUUCGAGAACAUGUCGAGAGUACCAUACUACGUGCCCCGCGCGAGCAAUCUGCCUCCGUUUGGUCAUGUCAAGAUGGAGGACGGUCUCAUCAAGGAUGGUCUUACCGACGUCUAUGACCAGUUCCACAUGGGCAACUGCGCCGAGAACACGGUGAAGAAGUACAAGCUCACCCGCGAGGAGCAAGAUAAAUAUGCGAUCCAGUCCUACGAGAGAUCACAGGCCGCCUGGAAGGCUGGUGCCUUUGCUGAUGAGAUUGCGCCGGUUACUGUCAAGGGCAAGAAGGGCGACGUCAUCGUUGGCGAGGAUGAGGGGUAUCUCGAUAUCAAGCUCGACAAGGUUCCCACGCUCAAGCCCGCCUUCGUCCGUGACGGAACUGGCACCGUGACUGCCGCGAACUCGUCGACUCUCAACGAUGGUGCCAGUGCCCUUGUGCUUGGCAGCAAGGAGAUUGCGCAGCAGUACGGCUCCGGCUCAAGAGUUCUCGCGCGCAUUGUCAGCUCCGCCGAUGCUGCCCUGGACCCCAUUGAUUUCCCUGUCGCUCCGGCCAAGGCUGUUCCCAUUGCUCUGGAAAGGGCUGGCAUCACCAAGGACCAGGUGGCUGUGUGGGAGUUCAACGAGGCGUUCGCCGCUGUGAUCAAGGCUAACGAGAAGAUUCUGGGGUUGGAGGGUGCGAGGGUGAACCCUGUUGGUGGAGCGAUUUCGCUGGGCCAUGCGCUGGGCAGCUCGGGCUCGCGCAUUCUCACCACCUUGCUUCACCAGCUGAAGCCCGGUGAGUACGGUGUUGCGGCUAUCUGCAACGGCGGAGGUGCCGCGACAGCGAUGGUUGUGCAGAGAAUCGAGUCUGUAUGA